UCUUGGAAUUGAGGUAGCUAGAACAACAGAAGGGAUAGUUCUGAGCCAGCGAAAGUAUGCUCUCGACUACUCACGAAAUCAGGCAUGCUUGGGGCAAAGCCUAUUUCCUUUCCCAUGGAGCAGCAUCAUCGUCUCGGGCUUGCAUCUGGUUCACCUAUACUAGAUCCUUCACAAUACAAGAGGCUAGUCGGUCGGCUCCUUUACUUGACAAUAACACGACCAGACAUAUGCUAUUCUGUUGGAAUCUUGGCAUAAUCAUGGAUGAACCCAAACAGGAACACUUUGAUGUAGCAAUGAAAGUGUUACGUUAUGUUAAGAACUCACCGGGACAAGGGAUAUUACUCUCCUCUUCUAGUCAUCCACAUCUUGUUGCUUAUUGUGAUGUAGACUGGGCUAGUUGCCCACGGACACGGCGCUCAACAACAGGUUACUAUAUUUGUCUCGGACACUCCCCUGUUUCUUGGCAGUCGAAAAAGCAAUCAAUUGUCUCUCACUCCUCCGCUGAAGCUGAGUAUAGGGCCAUGGCAUCAACUGUCAGUGAGCUCACUUGGUUAAAGUCCUUGCUUUAUGAUCUUGGGAUAUAUCACUCGAAGCCAAUGACAUUGUUUUGUGAUAACCAAGCUGCCUUACACAUUGCCAAUAAUCCUGUGUUUCAUGCGUGCACAAAACAUAUUGAGAUAGAUUGCCAUUUUGUUCGUGAACGCAUUCAAAGGAAGGAGUUACUCACGGCUCAUGUGCCUUCUCAUUGUCAACCAGCAGAUUUGUUUACAAAGGCAUUAGGCAAGGAACGACUUCAUUUCCUAUUAUGCAAGUUGGGCAUUAAAGACCUUCAUGCUCCAACUUGAGGGGGAGUAUAGCCGGAUAUCAAGGAGAUGAAUAAGGAAAUCAAUCAAUCAACAUUAAUCUCUGAUAUUUUACUGUUUAUACCAGUAAAUGCAUCCAUACCAGUAAAUGCAUUCCCUGUAU